AUAACUUCUUAAUAAAUAUUGUUUAGGAGGUCCCUGGAAUGUUCAAUACUCCAAAUGUCAAAUUUCAACCUCAUGGGAACCUCACUCUAGUCACAGAGGAAAAUAUAGUAAGUCUAGAAGGGGCACACAAAACCCAGGGAAUGUGUGGAGCACACACAGCCAUCCUAACCAAGAAACAGUUGGAGCAACGGUUUCCUUGGCUUAAUACUAAUGGGUUGGGAGGAGGUUGCCUGGGUUUAGAGGGCGAGGGCUGGUUUGAUACCUGGAAUAUGCUGCAGAGUAUUAUUCUUAGAAAUAAAUAUUUAGGAGUUGAUUAUAUACAUGGAGAAGUUAUGUACGUGAAACGGCAUGCUAUACAUAAGGUUGAAGGGGAUGAUUACAGACCAUUCGAAACACAUGUUUUUAUACCAAAUAGUAAAAAGGUUUACCCCAUAGAGUUUAGUAAACUGGUUGUAGCAGCAGCGGGACAGUCAGGAAAUAUUGGUCGUAUGGCAGGAAUAGGACAAGGCAAAGGACCUCUAUAUAUGGACAUUCCCGUUGAACCAAGGCGAGGAUAUAUAUUUGAGAUUAAAUGUUCUGGAGGUCCGGGAUUAAACUCUCCUCUAAUCUCUGAUCCUAGUGGAUUAUUUAUCCGACGGAACGGAUUAAUCGGACACUAUCUAGUCGGUAAACUACCAGACCCAGAGGAGCCUCCUAUUCCUGAGAAUAUGUUUGGUGAUGUGGAUCCAGAAUAUUUUGAGGAAACCAUCCUUCCACUUCUUCAAUAUAGAAUACCAGGAUUUUCCGAUUAUACACUUAUCGACAGUCGACCUGUGGAUUUCGACCUAAAUUAUUUCGACGGAACCCCUAUUGUUGGCUUACACCCCAUCCUCGACAACAUAUUUAUGGCAACUGGAUUUAACGGCCGGGGACCUACGUACGGCCCUGCUGUCGGCCGUGGAAUUGCCGAGCUCUUGCUGGACGAUGGAUACCAGACGAUAGAUUUUAGCAGGUUCAGUUUUGACAGAUUUUUGAACAAAGUUGAGCUGAAGGAGGAGAUUUAUGCGUAAUAUUUAAAAAAAAAUUUAACCAUUUCAGA